UGUAAUAUCUUCAUGUGAUGUUAUAUGAUACUAUAAAAAUGACAAAGAAAAAAAAAUGGAGAAAAUACUGUGAAUAGUAUUCCAGUCACUGUGCAGUGCAUCACACUUUUAGUACCAUAAAACAGCAGUGCAAUUACAUUGGUAACUCAUUUUGUAACAAAUUUACAGUGUUGACCUUUGACUUGUAUGUCUAGGAUUGGACGACAGCCUCAAGUGGGUGGCAGAAGAAAACUUCUAAAUGAACAACAAGAACGAGAAAUAUGCAACAUGGUCAUUGCAAAUAAUGCCAUCACACUGAGACAGAUUCGUAAUGCAAUCCUUCUAGACAAUGUAAUGUUCCAAAAUAUAAACUCUAUCAGCAUCUCCACAAUAGACCGUGUAUUGAAGAAACAUCUGAUGACCAUGAAACAGAUUUACAGGGUACCAUUUGAGAGAAACUCUGACAGAGUGAAAGAGCUGCGGUACCAGUAUGUGCAUAGAAUAAUGGCAUUAGAAGGCAACGAAACCUCUCACAUCCUAGUGUUCGUUGAUGAAGCUGGCUUCAACCUGGCCAAAGGUCGAAGGCGUGGCCGUAACAUCAUUGGCCACCGAGCCACUGUGGAUGUCCCAGGCCAGCGAGGAGCAAAUAUAACAAUGUGUGCCGCUAUAUCAGAAAGAGGUGUGGCCACACACAUUCCCAGUUUAGGGCCCUACAAUACACAAAAGCUCCUCAAUUUUUUGGACCACCUUUAUACUGAUCUGAUCCCGGAAAAUGAGAGAGGUGAAGAAGGACCUCAGCUACCACAUUAUGUCAUUGUGUGGGAUAAUGUGAACUUCCACCGUGGCCCACGCAUCAGAACCUGGUUCACCACCCAUCCCCGGAUGCUAAUGGAGUUUCUUCCACCUUACUCUCCUUUCCUAAAUCCAAUUGAGGAGUUUUUUUCAGCUUUGAGGUGGAGGGUGUAUGAGCAUCAGGCUCAAGACCAGAGGGCCCUGCUGCAUGCAAUGGAUGCUGCAUGUGAGGACAUCACAGGGGAUCAAUGUAGGGGAUGGUUGAGACAUUCACGCCGUUUCUUCCCUCGCUGCAUCGCAAGAGAAAAUAUCCGUUGCGAUGUGGAUGAGAAUUUAUGGGCUAACAGAGAGCAGCGCGUCGAUGGCCAGGAGGAUGAGGAUGGUGGCCAGGAAAGAGAGGGUGACAAUGGCGACCACUGA